AUGCCACCAGUUCCUCCUUCAUAUCCUCAUCGCAUUGUGCUCUACCACCAGACGCUAUGUCCCAACAGUGGCCCUUACGUGUCUCUGAUGCCGCUCGUGCGCAAUAACACAGGAAUUACCCACGUCAUCCUCGCAGCGUUCCAUCUCAAUGCUCCGAAUCCCGAGCACAUUACUCUAAACGAUGACCCACCUCAUCACUCUAUGUACGAUGCUCUCUGGGCAGAAGUGCCCCAGCUUCAGCAGAGCGGCGUGAAGGUACUAGGCAUGCUGGGAGGCGCUGCUAAAGGCACCUUCUCCUGCCUUGAUGGCGACCAGACUCAGUUCGAGUCGUACUAUGCGCCUCUCCUGGCUAUGAUACGCCGACACGGCUUGGAUGGCGUCGAUCUGGACGUUGAGGAGCCCAUGUCCCUAGUCGGCAUUGUUCGCCUCAUCGACCGGCUCAAGGACGAUCUCGGCGAGAGCUUCCUCAUUACCCUGGCUCCCGUGGCUGCGGCUCUCUUGGGAAUUGGAAACCUUUCUGGCUUUGAUUACCGCCAGUUGGAAAGUCAGCGCGCUGGCAGCAUCGCCUGGUACAAUGCUCAAUUCUACAACGGCUGGGGUCCCGCAGAGGAUCCUCGCAUGUACGCAGCUAUUGUGGCGCAAGGCUGGUCCCCGGCGAGGGUAGUAUAUGGCCUCCUGACGAAUCCUGGAAAUGGAUCGCAGGGUUAUGUACCUCGUGAGAAGAUUGGGCAAGUGCUGGCCAUGCUGGUAGAACAAUUCCCGAAUUUUGGCGGCGUAAUGGGCUGGGAGUAUUUCAAUUCGAUGCCUGGGCAGAGGGAACGGCCCUGGGAAUGGGCAGCGGAAAUGUCUUUGAGUAUGGGAAUGAAACUGCUCGUGCAGAAGGCGAGGAGUUUGCUGGGCUCCCGAUUGGGAUAG